AUGUCCAUGAGCAAGGGUACAAAACGUAUUAUUGAUGAUAUGGAAUUUGAUUCAUUAUCAAUAAAACAUAUUCGUCGUCAUGUUACUUGUUUAGUUGAUUUGUCAAAUGAAAUUUUACUUUCCAUUUGUCGUUAUUUAUUUCCAAUUGAUGUUCUUUAUUCAUUUUAUACUCCUGAAAAACCUGAAUUACGUCUUCAUUAUGCUAUUUCUGAUUAUUAUACAAAAAUUAAACUUGAUGGAGUAUCUAAUAAUGGAUAUAAUUACUUAUUAGCUUUAUUUAAUUAUUCCAAAAAUCCUUUUCGACCUCAUUCAUUAAUAUUAACUAAUGAAGGUGUAUCUUUUUUAAUUCAACGUUAUUUGUCUUCAAUAGAUACGGAUAUAAUUCGAUCAAUAUUUAACAAUCUUAGAAGUCUUACAUUAAUUGAUUGUUCUUCAGACGAUCUUGAUAUAAUUGAAAUAUAUUACACAUAUAUGAUACAGCUUCAGUAUCUUCAUAUUACUGUUCGGAAGACUGGUGAACAUCUUAAAUGGCCUGUAACAGAAAUAUAUGAUGUAUCAGUCUAUCGAUUUUUAUUUACCAGGCGAAUGCCUUCUUUACAGACAAUUAUCGUUAAUGAACCUGAUGGAAUUACAUUAUUUAAAACAUUAAUACCUCAUGAAAAUCUUCGUUAUAUUGAUAUUACAGUAGAAACAAUCGAUGAUUUAUAUGUAUUACUUGAUGGACUUGUACCUAACGUAGAAAAAAUGAUUAUACAAAUAAGUCGAUCACGUAUACUUUCGUAUAUUUGGCCGGAAAGUCCACCAUCAUGUCUUCGAUUAACUGAAUUUACAUUAUUAGAUUCUUCUAUUGAAUUAGAUAUUGAUAAUAUUAAAUCUAUUCUUCCUUUUAUGCCAAAUUUAAUCAAAUUAACAUUAAGUAUUCGUAAUACACCUGAUCCAAUGUUUUGUCAUGGUCCAUAUUUGGAAUCAACAUUGAAUAAAUAUUUACCACAACUUCGUCAAUUUGAUUAUACAAUGACACAUAGACUUGUUGAUCAAAUCUUAAUUGGAGAUUUUACUCGAUGGUCAAUGCAUGUUGUUUUCAAUGAAAAUAAAGAUUAUAAAUGGGUUCAUAUAUAUUCAUUACCAUGGCCUUCAAAUAAAGAUGAUAAAAGACGAUUACCUAUUGUUAAAGGUGAAUGUAAUACAUCAGUUCAAUCAGAUGUUAAAAUAUUUGAAUGGUUAGAUCAUGUAUUGAUAACAAAACCAAGUGAAUUAGUUCAAUUAAAAACACAUUUUCGUCGAGCACGUAAGAUAACAACGGAUAUAUCAAUUCCUAUUGCAUUACCUAAACGUAUUUGUAAAAUCAUUUACACAAAACCAAUUCUUAUAAAUUCAACCAAUAUAAUAGUUCAACCUUUUGUCCGUCAUUUAGUUGUUCAAUAUCGUUUAACUGAUGUAGAAGAAAUCUCAAAUUUUGCUCAUCAAUUUCCUUAUGUUAAAUAUUUAGAGUUAUUAUUUCCACCAAAUGAAAAUUUAUUUCUUGAAUGCUUUCAGACAUUAUUUAGUGUCUAUGAUUAUAUUAAUGCUAAGCGUCGAUUUUGGUCUUAUUUAAUAAGCUUUUCAACAAGAUUCUUUUAUGAUGGACUAGAUAAAAAUUUAACUAACCUUGAUAUUCAUUAUUGGCUUACUCGAAAUACUGACCUAAAAUUUUUGAAACGUCAGUUUUGCGUUAAUUGUUCUAAUUCCAUAUUAUCGAUUUGGUUUUGA